AUGGCGCACAGCGCCGUUGGCAGGCUCUUCCGCUGCCAGACUUCCAGGACUUUGCGUCAAUCAAUUGGUUCUUUUGCACAGAAGCGCUCCUACUCGAAAAAUGUUCCUUCAUUCCCACCGACAUCCUCCGCCGAAUUGGACCAGGCCCUCAACCGUUUCCGAGAAGAGCUCUUCAUACCUUUUGGGCUGAACACAGAGCAAAGAAGGUUGAUGUUCCGACAGAAAUAUGCAGACAAGCUCGAGCAGGAGCCCGUGACCGUAUACGUUGGCGAGUCCGAUGAACCUUUCCACCUCCGGCCGAUGGACCCGCAGUCAAGACCGUCGAAGAAAGAGAUCAAGGACGUCAUCUCCCUCAUGAAGACCAAGAAGGAUUGGCAGAACCUUCUACCCUUCCUUGCCGGACUACGGAUGUCGCACAGAACCAUCGAGACCGAGCGCUGGGAGUGGUUGGUGCGUAAAGCCGGUGAGGCUGAUGCACUCGGCAUCAUCCUCGAGUGUGCCAAGCAGACUUCCCGAACGGGCCUGCGACUCAACAACGUGGGAAUUGUGCAGCGUAUAUUCUUUGAGCUUCACCGCAAAGCACAGAUGGGGGAAUUCAAGGAUCCCGCAGUCAGCAAGGCGCUCAGCCUGGCUAAGCAGUUCGUUGCUCUGAUGGAGGCCCCAGAGCAUAUGGAGCGCAAUAUUGAACAAGAUCCCAAGCGGAAGCCAUUCGUCGUCGGCACUCUACUUGAGCUGAGUGCCGCUCGUGCCGUGAAUGAAUUCGGAGGAAAGGAUGAGACUGGCGACGUCCUCACCUAUGCUCAGAGACUCCUCGCAACCUGGCGGUUCGGUAACUUCAGCCGCGACGUUAAGGACUGGGUCGCGGUCGACUUCAUGCUCCAGGAGAACGUGCCUAUCUACAACGCAAUGAAGCUCUCCCUUGAGGUCGAGGGAGUUGCGAACGAAAAAUCCGUCGCGAGUGGCCUUAAGACACAUGUGAACGAGCUCGGCAUGCUGAUUGCAAAUCAGAAGAAGAUGGCACCGGAGAAGGUUCAGCAAAAACCAACGCUGGGUUUUCAGCAAAGCCAGCUUCUGCGUUAG